AACUGAUGAAGAGCUAGCUCAGCUGGUUGCUUGCACUCUCUUUCCUCUCUCUGCCGGUUUUCCUCCGUGUCCUUUCUCCUGCCGAUCGGAUCCCCUUCCCCUGUCCCCCUCCCUCUUCGCCAUCUCGGCUGCUGGAUCUCAUCGAGCGGAGCGAUCAAUCGGCCGCUUGCCCGGGCCCAGUCCUCGCCCAUCUCGUCUUCGGCUCGAUUGCAGCCAGCCAGAGCCAGGUCGGAUUGGCAUCCAGCUCAUCGAUAUCCCCAAAUCGAUCCAUCCAUGGGGCGGCUGCUGCUGGUGAGCCUGCCGGCGACGGGCGCCGUCACCUACCGCUGCAAGCACUGCGACACGCCCCUCGCCUACGGCACCGACAUCAUCUCCAGGGUUGCUAUAUACCUUUUCCGCUGCAAGAACGGCAAGGCGUACCUGUUCGGCAAGGUGGUGAACGUGAACGUCGGGGACAAGGACGACCGGGUGAUGACGACGGGGAUGCACACCGUGUGCGACAUCUUCUGCGUCGCCUGCGGAUCCAUCCUGGGCUGGAAGUACCUGGCCGCCGCCGAAAAGGCCCAGCGCUACAAGGAAGGCAAGUUCAUCCUCGACAGGGGCAGGGUGGUGGCGGCAAGUCCCGCUGCUGCUGCUGCUGCCGCCGCCGCCCAUGGGAAUGGGAUGUGGCAGGACCACCAGCAGCAGCAGCAGACGAGCGGUGACGACGACGGCGACGACCAGGACAGCGAUGAAGAAUCUUCUGACCACCAGGAUUGAUCUUUGAUUCCUGAGCAUCCAUCCAUCCAUCCAUGCUUGUAAAUACUUCUGCUGCUUAGUUCAGGCUGCCGUGCUAGUGUUUCUUCUGCUAGCUGUUUAAUCUUUCUUCUUCUUCUUCUUUGAAAUUGAGUGCAUUUCUAGCCUCCUGCUGCUGCUGGGGGUGGUAGUGCCAGUGACUAGUCGUACUGUUAUUAAUAUGAUCCAUCCAUUUAUCAGCAAGCUAAGCCCGUGUUGAUAGAGCGCAAA